AUGCACGACUUUGCUGGUGAGUGUGUUGAUGCAACAUGUGUUGAUGCAACAUGUGUUGAUGCAACAUGUGUUGAUGCAACAUGUGCUGAUGCAACAUGUGAUGUUGCAACAUGUGCUGAUGCAACAUGUGCUGAUGCAACAUGUGCUGUUGCAACAUGUGAUGUUGCAACAUGUGCUGUUGCAACAUGUGCUGUUGGAACAUGUGCUGUUGCAACAUGUGCUGUUGGAACGUGUGCUGUUGGAACAUGUGCUGAUCCAACAUGUGCUGAUCCAACAUGUGCUGUUGGAACGUGUGCUGUUGGAAAAUGUGCUGUUGCAACAUGUGCUGUUGGAACGUGUGCUGUUGCAACAUGUGCUGAUCCAACAUGUGCUGAUCCAACAUGUGCUGCUCCAACAUGUGCUGAUCCAACAUGUGCUGCUCCAACAUGUGCUGAUCCAACAUGUGCUGAUCCAACAUGUGCUGAUCCAACAUGUGCUGUUGCAACAUGUGCUGAUGCAACAUGUGCUGAUCCAACAUGUGCUGAUCCAACAUGUGCUGAUCCAACAUGUGCUGAUCCAACAUGUGCUGUUGCAACAUGUGCUGAUGCAGACUUCAUACCUGCUCAAGAACAAGGAGGACAAGCGGACAAGAGGAGUAAAGUAGAUUAUUGGUUCUACAUGCAGCUAAAGAAAGGACAAGAUAAAGACAAUGUGGAUGAAGUAACACAGAGAACUAGGAAACACAGGAAUAUAGAACGACUAAAGAGAACAUGA